CAAAGGAGAAAGUCAGUUGAAUGCCCUCCGAGGAACCAGUGCGUGGCUUAACUGUCUUUCCACGACUCCCACCUUUUCAGCUUUCUAUUUUCCUCCUUCUCCACUUAAGUCUUUAAUUUCAAGAAAAGCAGGCACUGGCCUCAGGGCCCCUGGCAUAAGAAAUAUUGAAUCUAAUAAGAAAUACCUUUAAUUCACCCCUCCUGCUCACCCCUUUGUAAUGGAGAAGUUCCUAGGGGUUUGCUUUGGGUACAAGACCAGCCUAACUCAGCAUCACAAGUAGCUGGAAAAGGAAAGUAACCUAAAUGAAUGCUGCUUAUAAUUGUAAUAGUUAAUUACUGUGAUUGUACAUGUGCAACAGAUAAAAGAUGUAUUUUUGUCAUAGCUGCUAUGGAGUGGAUUAUGCCAUUAGGAAUAAGAAUGCUGUUAAUAGCACAUGAACCAGGGAGAAGCGAAAUGGCGACCUCACUAGAUACGGUUGAGACCUUCGGUACCACGCCCUUCUACUAUGAAUUGGGUGAGCUCUGCAGAAAGGGCGAUAUCACAGCACUGAUUGCCAAGUUCCUGCCCCCACUGUACUCCCUGGUGUUCAUCGUGGGCCUCUUGGGCAAUGUGUUGGUGGUGGUGAUCCUCAUAAAAUACAGGAGGCUCCGAAUUAUGACCAAUAUCUACCUGCUCAACCUGGCCAUUUCUGACCUGCUUUUCCUCUUCACCCUUCCAUUCUGGAUCCACUAUGUCAUGUGGAGUGACUGGGUUUUUGGCCAUGGCAUGUGUAAGGUCAUCUCGGGGUUUUAUUUCACGGGCUUAUAUGGCGAGAUCUUUUUCAUCAUCCUGCUGACGAUUGACAGGUACCUGGCCAUUGUCCACGCCGUGUUUGCCCUUCGAGCCCGCACUGUCACUUUUGGUGUCAUCACCAGCAUCGUCACUUGGGGCCUGGCAGUGCUAGCAGCUCUCCCUGAAUUUAUCUUCCAAGAGACCGAAAAUGUUCUUCAAGAGUCUUAUUGCAACCCUGUGUACCCUGAGGAUGAAGCACAAAGCUGGAAGCAUUUCUAUGCUCUGAGAAUAAACAUCUUGGUUCUCGCUCUCCCUCUGCUCGUUAUGGCCAUCUGCUACACAGGAAUCAUCAAAACACUGCUGAAGUGCCCCAAUAAAAAAAAGUACAAGGCCAUCCGACUCAUUUUUGUCAUCAUGGUGGUGUUUUUCAUUUUCUGGACACCCUACAACCUGGCUCUCCUUCUCUAUACCUUUCAAGCCACCUUGUUUGGAUAUGACUGUAAGCAGAGCAAGGAUCUGGACCUAGCCCUACUGGUGACGCAGGUGAUCGCCUACUCCCACUGCUGCGUUAACCCGGUAAUCUACGCCUUCGUUGGAGAGAGGUUCCGGAAGUACCUGCACCACUUCUUCCACAGGCAUGUGCUCGUGUACUUGAGCAAAUACAUCCCAUUCCUUCCUAGUGAGAAGUUGGAGAGAACCAGCUCUGUCUCUCCAUCCACAGCAGAGCCGGAGCUCUCUAUUGUGUUUUAGGUCAGAUGCAGAAAAUUGCGUAAAGAGGAAGGACUGAGCACAUGAAGCAAACACAUUAAGCCUUCCACACUCACCACUUGAACACUCCUUCGAACUUCCAGCGCAACACUGAAGCUCUUGAACACACUGAAAUAUACACACGGCAGUAGCAGCAGAUGCAUGCAUCCCAAGCAGUGUACUCAUCAUCAACCCUAAAAAGCAGAGUUUUGCUUCUCAAAGAGUUACAUACAUUUUAACGCACCCAAAUGUUGUUACUAUAUGCCUCUACAAAAAGGUAAAAUUUUUUAUAUUUUAUACCUUAACUUCAGCCAGCUAUUGAUAUAAAUAAAACAUUUUCACACAAUACAACCAGUUAACAAUUUUAUUUUCUAAUGUGCCUAAUUCUUUCCCUGCUUGAUGAAAGGCUUGUUUUAUUCAGUAUGAAUAAAUAAUCUUAAGCAACAUAACAGCAUGCUAUUCCCGUUCUAAAUAUUCUUAAUAGUUUAUUGAUAUCCUGUUCACACUGAAUGACAGCAUUUUCCAUGGGUGACUCACAGAGCCCUGAGAGGUGUGUACCGUCCUCUUAAUGCCCAUCUUACAUGGCAGAGGAGGCCAGGGGCCUCCUGUACAUAUGAAGUAGCCCAGGUAUGGGGCAGGAAGGUGUUGGGCUUACAGAGACUCUCUGCACCUCUAGCUCAGUGGCUCUCAAACUUGUCGUCAGAAGCACCUGGAAGGUGUAUGACAAUGUGGAUGGCUGGGGACCACCCCAGAGUUUAUGAUUUAGCAGAUCUGGAAUGAGACCCGAGAAUGUGCCCAGCAUCAUUAGCAAGUUUUCAGGCGGUGCUGAUGAUGCUGGUCCUGAAACCACACUUUUAGAACAACUGCUCUGGCUAAAAUGUCUGGACAUUCCAGAGUUAUCCUUGAAAUUGCAGAUUUUGGCGUCAGAGGGAAAUGUAAAAUACUCUUGUGAUCUAGGCACUGCCAAGAACAAUCACCACUGAGGACAGCAUAUGUAUGAUGUCAGUUCAUCAUAAACCAGUUGGUUUAGUGGGACUUUCUAGUCCAUCAUUUUUAUUCAGUUGAGCUUUUCUUGAGAGCUUGGGCCUACCAUGGCCCUAGAAGCUAUGGUGGAUACAAAAAUGAAUAAGACUUUGUGUGAGCUGCAUCCUAAGCUGGAAAACAUGCAACUUAUGAUGUAAAAGUAUCAAAAAAAAAAAAAGAGUAG